GGUCUGUGGUCAAAAGUCAAAAUAAAAGUGCUUUGCAAGUGUUUCGUGUUUCGGAGUUUUGUUAUUAUUCUCUUCAAAACCGUAUUGUUUGAUUGUUCAAUAUUAUAUGUAAGCGCUUUUUAGAAAUAGUUUUGAACCACAUUUGAGCGUUGAUUCUUAAAAUUACAACAUUGCAGAAGUCUCAAGUCAGUCCUGUAUGUAGGUAAACAGACUGGGUCUGAUGUAGAUGAGCAACAUGAGUAGUCAGCACCAGUACAUGUCGGUGAACAACCCCUCCAGCUCAAGAGUGGGGGAUAUUGAACACAUUAGCCACUUGUCAGAACACAUUGGGUCUCUGUGCCUGUCGUCAGAGUACUCAGAUGUGACCCUGAUCGUGGAGGGGCAGCGCAUCCCUGCACACAAGGUCAUCCUCGCCGCCAGCAGCGACUACUUCCGCGCUCUGCUCUAUGGCGGCAUGAGGGAGGCCAACCAGGCAGAAGUGGAGUUGCAGGCACCUCUACAGGCUUUUAAAGCCUUACUGCGCUAUGUUUACUCUGGCCAUAUGGGCCUGUCGUUGCUGCGGGAGGACACAGUGCUGGAUAUGUUGGGGCUGGCGCAUCAGUUCAACUUCCAGGAGCUGGAGGCAGCCAUAUCUGACUACCUGCGUCAGGUGCUCGCCUUGAGGAACGUGUGCGCCGUCCUCGACGCUGCUAGGCUGUAUGGCUUAGACGCUCUGAUGGACUAUUGCUACAAGUUCCUGGACCGAAACGCUGCAGAAGUGCUGCAGCACGACACUUUCCUGCAGCUUUCUGUUGAAGCUUUGCAAGGCCUGUUGGAGCGCGAUUCGUUCUUCGCGCCGGAAGCCGACAUCUUCAAAGCGGUCGGCAACUGGUUCAACGCCAACCAGCAGUGGGUCAAGUCAGAGAGUGGCAUGCCACAAGUUGAGAAGAUUUUGAAAUGCGUCCGUCUGACGCUAAUGAGUCUGGAAGAACUAUUGACAGUGGUGCGUCCCUUCGCUCUCGUCACUCCGGACAUGUUAUUAGACGCCAUACAGGAAAAGACGCAGACCAAAAGCACUGAUCUACGCCAUAGGGGGCUGUUGGUUCCGGAAGAGAACGUCGCGACCAUGAAGCGCGGCGCCCGCGUCAUCGCCGGCGACAUGCGCUCCGCCUUACUCGACGGCGACACGGACAUGUACGACAUGGAGCGAGGAUAUACGCGGCACACCAUAUCCGAUGCGCCGGACAACCCGGGCAUCAUCGUGCGGCUCGCCACUACCACCAUCAUCAAUCAUAUCAGGCUUCUGUUGUGGGACCGGGAUAACAGAUCGUACGCAUACUUCAUCGAAGUGUCAGUGGACCAGAAGGACUGGGUGCGCGUGAUCGACCACAGCGACUACUUCUGCCGCUCGUGGCAGAACCUCUACUUCGAGCCUCGCGUCGUGCAGUUCAUCAAGAUCGUGGGCACCAGCAACACUGUCAACAAGGUUUUCCACGCAGUAUCGUUGGAGGCGCUGCACACGUCACGCGUGCCGCCGUUGCGCGACGGACUGGUUUGCCCUACUCACAAUGUCGCCACGUUGGACCUCUCCGCUGUCGUCAUUGAAGGCAUUAGCCGCUCCCGCAACGCCCUUCUCAACGGCGAUACAGAGCACUACGACUGGGAACAAGGCUACACGUGCCACCAGCUGGGUUCCGGCGCCAUAGUGGUGCAGUUAGCGCAGCCCUACCUGCUGUCCUCCAUCCGCAUGCUGCUGUGGGACUGCGACUACCGCCACUACUCCUACUACGUGGAGGUCUCGCUCAACUACUGGCACUGGGACAUGGUGGCUGACAGAACACGUGACCCUUGUCGGUCAUGGCAAGUGAUCUACUUUACUCCGCGGCCAGUCUCCAUUAUUCGUAUCGUCGGCACCAAUAACACUGUUAACGAAGUUUUCCACCUAGUGCAUUUGGAGUGCCCCGCUCAAGUGGAGGAGGCGCGCGAGGACCCCGCCGCCAAGAAGCAGCGCCCGUCGCGCGACCGCGACGCGCGCGACAGUCGCGACGCACGCGAGUCGCGCGACAGCAGGCGCAGCCCGCCUGAAGGUCUUAGCCUGUUCAAAUUUGAACUAAGUAACGGCACCCCGGAGCCCCGGCCCCGGACCCCCAGCCCCGCUGGAGAUGGGGAUUCUUCCAGCGGCGAGGGCGGAGCACCCUCCCCGCCGCCCGCCCCCGCGCGCCGCUCCCUGCCGCCCGCGGAGACCGCCACCGAGGCUGAAGAAGGAUACGACGACUGAACCCGGGAGAAACGACUAGUGCCACUCGCUUUCCACCUUCCAACAUGCACUUUCAUAGCGGCCUCCGCAAACCAUACAGACUGAGAGCCACUACGCACGGUCGAUUAGUCGCCCGGAAACUCGGUCGACAGCGACUGUUAGAAUCUUUAAAUUGUAUGGAAGUCACCGUAUGUAUACGCAUGCAGUCGCCGCAACAUCGGGUGCAUACGCACGGCGACGUACAUAUAAAUUACAGGUUCUAACGGUUUCCGUUGACCGAAUUGCCGGGCGACUAGUCAACCGUGCGUAAUGGCUCUUAAUGGCAUCCUUAGAUGCUGUACGUUAUAUGCUGUAUUUACAAACAUGCCUGUAUUAAACCUGUUUUUAUAAUACUACAAAAUUGUAUGGGCUUUGCUUAUCUAGAGUUUAUAUCAUUGCCUGGACAUGGGUACUUUGGAUUGAGGAUUGAUACCAAGAUUUGUUAAUUAUUUUGCUAUGUUUGAUGUGCCGUGGAAAAAUUUCUAAAAACUGUUGAAAAUAAAGGUAGGUAGGAUAGCUUCAAACUUAAGCAUUAUAAUAAUAUAUUAUUUCCAUAUCAAGAGAAAAAUAUAUAUUUGUAUGUUAUUAAAGUGAAACACUAGAACUUAAAUUGAGAUUAUUGUCGAUAACAUAAAAAGAUAAAAAUCACUUACUUUAAUUAGUAUUGAAGAUGUGCUACGUAAGUCCUUUGUUUUUGCCAAUGCUAAUUGGCUUCUUUUAUAAAAAACUAAACGAAAAACUUAAAAAUAUAUCCUUUUUAUUUAUUUUCGUACUGUAAUGACAUGUAGCUGAAGUAAUUUUCUGUUGUUCAUUCAUUAUUUAGUUUGUAAGUAGUUUAGUGAUUUCUAGUCUAUUAUUAUCUGUCAGCAAAGAGUGGCUAUAAAGCCAAUGCUAUAAAAUUGCUGGGCGCCAAUUUGCCGUGUCACGAGAGUUGACAAAAUAGAUGGUUACAAGGAUGUGCGGAGCGGAGCAACCGCCCGCGCACUGCACCUCUGAUGAUAUUUGUAGGUGUCUUUACUUAAAGGGUGCCAACGGGAGCCUAUUACUAAGCCUCUGCUGUCUGUCCGUCUGUCAGCGGGUUGUAUCUCAUGAACCGGGAGGUUAGAGGCUUGCAAUUUUCUCAGUAUGUAUUUCUAUUGCUAAUAACUAAUAAAAAAACAAAAUGGCGAAUUUCGAAUUGGCCGCGAUGUUUAACCUGUAUGGUAGAACAGUACGGAAUCCUUUAUAUGGAAGUCUGACUCACACUUGACCGGUUUCAAGACCGACCAGUGCCCAGUAACUUCAAACUGUAUCCAUCUUUAUAUAUAUCUUUAUCAGUAUAUGAAAUAAUUUUGCAUGUGGGCUGUCCAUAUGUGAGUGAGUCUUAAUAUUGAACUAAUCUAAAAUGUUACCUUUGCAUGGUAUUUACGUGUUUUAAUUUAUUCCAUUCUAAUUAUACCAUCUAAGUUUUAGUGUAAUAUCAAUCUAUGUAUUCUCAAAUAUCUUUGCUAUGGAACUUUUCUGUUUAGGUUAAGUGAUUGUUUGUAUAUUAGUAUCUUAUUCUCCUCUGCUGAAUCUUAAUGUUAAACAGACGGGACAAAAAUUGGAAAAGGGAUAAUAUGAACAAAAUUUAAUAUCAUAUCCUCUGUAUUAAAUUAACUAAAUCAAGAUUUCUUACCAAGUAUUAUAGUGAAGUGUAUAAAUAAUCCAUUUUAUGUAUCUGAGUGUAUGUCCAUUAGGGAUUUGUAAGGUGGAUAAGAAAUCAUCUAAGAACUUUGUACUUUGCACCCACCUUGAGAAGUCACCAUUACCAGUUACUGUUAUAGCAUUAUAAUUAAGUAAAUUGUGUUGUUUCUGUACUUAGUUUGUAAGAGAAUGGGUAAGAUUAUGUACUGUGAUAAAAGAAUUUGUAAAGUUGAUGUUAAUCAGUGAACGAUAAAGCAUAGAAAUAUUCCUACACUCCAUUAUUGCCUAACAAAAUCUCUACUGUGGUAGACAGUGCAUACUGCAUUAUACAUACUCUACUGCAUCUCUAUCAGUGUUUGGCGAAUCAUGGCUGCAGCCAGAAUACAUGACAUAAAUAUAGUAAAGAUCAAUCAUGAGCUUGUUGCAGUUUAGACAGAUGAGUUUGUGGCCCCUGUCUUUGUAAACGAUUGUUAGAAACACAAUGUCUAUGCUUUGUCCUUCACUGAUGGUAUUUAAAGUAUAUUAUGAUUAGAGUUAUCUUUGAUUAUUAUAUAGAUGCUAAUACUAUCACUAAGGCAAAUUUCAUUGAGCUUUUAUUUUAAUAAAAAUAGAUUGUAAUU